AUGAUUUAAAUAAAAGAACAUCUACCCCAGGAAUGGUUUGAUUUUAUCGAAUAAAUCAAAAUUUUGAAACCUAUUGAGGAAGAAACCGUAAAAUAAUUUGUAAAAGUACGAGUCAGCCAAUUUCCAACUGAUUAAUAAAUGUAGGAAUACUAUGAAGAAGUUUUUUCAAAGUAUUGACAUCUUCCUACUAUAUUUAGAUCUACAAAUGAUUAGAGUAGGAAGAAAUGGCAUCAAUAAGACAAGAUUUUGCUUAUUUGGUGCAUGACAAAAUAUUUAAUGUAUUAAAAUAGAUCUGACCUUAUUCCUGUAAUAGUUUUUUAUAUUAUUAGAAUGAUAGAGAUUGGGAGUAUAUAUCAAAAAUACUAUGUGUAGAUAAGUAAUUAGCUGAAUUAAAAUGGAUAUCCCUACUUCAUUCUAAUCUAAAAAUCUCACCUUGGACCAAAGAAGAAGAUCAGAUUUUGACAGAUAUUGCUAGGUAAGAUUUUUAAAUAUUUUAGUUAAUACUACUCAAAAAAUAAUUGGACAGAACUAACUAUUAAGUUUAACUAAUUGUCUUCGUCUUAGAGAUAUCCUAAAUAGAUAAGAGAGAGAUGGAAUAAUGUGUUAAAUCCAAAUAUUUCAAAGUAAACCUGGACGAAAGAGGAGAAAAUUAAAUUAAUUUAACUCAUUUUAGAUUAUGGUAAAAAAUGGUCUAAAAUACAGAAUGAAAUGGAUGGUAGAAGUGAAAAUUAAAUCAAAAAUCAAUAUAAUGGAAUCAUAAGAAACUUAAAACGAUUUAAUGUAAUUUUAUUUAUUAACAAAAAAACAGGUUUAAGAAUGUGAAGAAAAUUCCUUACUUAAAGCUAUUGUUGACAAUCCUGAUUAAAAGUUAAGCUUGACCAUAACUUAAUUCAUGUCUGAUUUCUUGGCCAAGAAUGAAGCAUCCAAAAGAAUUGAUACACCAUUAGUAAAUACUUUAGGUGAAGCUUAAAGUUUAAAAAAACCUAAAGUAGAAUUACUAUCCCUUGAUUGCGGAAUAAGUGCUACAAGUAAUAUCAUUUUUAUUAUUUAGAUUUUUAAUAAACUGAAAAAACAAAAUUAAGUUAGGAUUCUUAAUACUAAAUGGCUCAAAAUGCAAAUUUAUUUCAUCAAUAAAAUAACAAUCUCCCUCGACCUCAAAUAUAAACAUAAUAAAUGUAUUAUGGAAACUAAUAUUGUAUGUCUACUUUCCCUAAUACUUAUAUGAAUUAUGUUCCAACUAAUUAGAUUUAUCCAAAUUAUCAUUAAUAUCCCAUUAAUUUAGGAUUUUAACAAUAAUUAUAACACUAUCCAAGAUAUUUCUGAUUAGGUUGAAGCAUAAGUGAGC